AUACGAAUGGCGGACAAUUCCAUGCCUUCCGAACUCGGUACGGGUCCUACGAGUAUCUGGUAAUGCCGUUCGGACUCACCAACGCACCGGCAACGUUCCAAGCUGAAAUGAACCAUGUUCUACGCCCACUCUUGGACAUAUGCAUGGUGGUUUACCUGGAUGGCAUCCUCAUCUACUCGCGCGACAUGCAACAGCACGUCCAACACCUGCGACGCGUCUUCGACAUUCUUCGACGAGAACGAUUCUACGUCAAGCUAUCCAAGAGCGAAUUGGCCCUCGAGAAAGUCCAAUUCUUAGAACACAUGGUGAGCGCUCAAGGAGUUUACGUCGACCCCAAGAAGAUCGAAGCCGUACGCACGUGGAAGACACCCGAGAACACAGAGGAGUUGCAGUAUGGGACAUUGACAUCGCAUACCGAAAAGGGAUCAACAAAGAUCUGGGUACCCAAUUACCCUCCUUUGCGCCAGUUACUACUCAAAGAAUACCACGAUGUCCUAUACGCUGAACACUUCGGUAGCAAGAGGACGCUCACCGGUAUUGCAAAGCACUACUACUGGCCCCACAUGGCAGCCGACGUCCAGCAAUUCGUCACCUCAUGUGCAACAUGUCAGCGGAUGAAGAGCAGCAAGCAGAAAAAAGCAGGACUGCUACAGCGUCUUCCUGUCCCAAAACAGCCAUGGCAAGUGGUUAGCCUGGAUUUCAUCACCAGGUUACCAACUACCACAAGCGGUCAUGACGCAAUCCUCGUUGACAUCGACAAAUUCUCCAAAAUGGGACACUUCAUCCCGACACACACGACAGCACGCACCGAACAGACAGCCCAACUAUUCGUUCGCUACAUCAUCUCACAACCUACCAUUCCAACCAUACUCACGCCCGCCCUCCCUAUUUUUCACGAGUAAAUUACUCUGAUUCUCUGAUUUUCAGAGUUGAUUUUGUGUACCACCCU